AUGGAGAUCAACCCCGCCGUCACCUUCAAGCACGACCGCUCUAUUAUGUAUGCAAAGCGACCCAAGGUUCUCAUUGUUGGAGCUGGUCUCGGAGGUCUGACCUUGGGCAUGCUUCUGCACAAGGCCAAUAUCCCUUUCGAGAUCUACGAGCGUGCCGCUGUGGUCAAGCCCCUUGGAUCGGCAAUGUUCUUCAACAGCACCACCGCCCCUUUGUUCAAGCAAUGUGGAAUCUACGAUGAGUUCCUCUCUAUCGGGAAAUACCUCUCUAAAAUCGACAUGUGCACCGAGGAUCGAAAAGUCGCCUUCAAAUUGAGUUUUUCAGGGCAUGAGGAAGAAUUUGGCGCCAAGGGAUACAUUGUCGCCCGUCCUAAGUUGUAUGACCUGAUUUUGCGCCAGAUCCCUACCGAACGUAUCCACAUGAACAAAAAGGUCCUUACCAUGGAACAAGGCGGCAACGGGGUCCUCGUUCGAUUUAGCGAUGGAACCGAGGCUGAGGGAGACAUUCUUGUCGGAGCUGACGGCGCCUACAGUGCUGUUCGUCAGAACCUCUAUGCAAAGCUGAAGAAGGAAAGCAAGUUGCCGGCGACCGACGCUUUGCCCCUCCCCUUCAGCACUGUCUGCAUUGUCGGCCAGACUCGUCCUCUCACCCCCGAACAGUUCCCAGAUCUUGGGAGAGAGGAGUCUGUAUUCUCUCGGGUUAUGGGCGCAGACAAGAUGUAUUCUUGGGGACCUGAGGCUGCGAUGGCAAUGUGUAAGGAGGUCAAGGAUUUCCCUGUAGUCAGUGGAGGUGACAAGAAGCUCACUUUGGGAGACUUGUUCGAAUGGUCUGACAAGGAUCUUAUCUCCAAGGUCAUGUUGGAAGAGAAAGUCUUCAAGACUUGGUACAGCUGCCGAUCAGUACUCAUCGGCGAUGGUAUGAUGAGUCCUUCCGGCGGUGCUGGCGCAUCGAAUGCUAUGCACGAUGCCAUUGCAUUAGCAAACCGCAUCAACGGCCUCCCAUUCCAUCCCAUCGCCGAUGAAAUCGAGGCUGCUUUCAAGGAGUACCAGAACGAGCGAGUUGGAUGGGUCAAUGCAGCUUUUGAGAACAGCAAGCUGUUGCGUAACAUUGUCGGACAGGUACCCAACUGA